AUGGGCAAGAGAAAAACUUAUUCCAAAUUUACCAUAAAUGCAGUUAUUAUUAUUGACAAUGCGCCAUAUCACACCGUGCAAAUUGACAAGUGUCCCAACUCCAGUAGCCGCAAAAGGGAGAUUUUGGAUUGGCUCGCUGCAAAAUCUAUUAUUCAUUCUCCUGAUGCCUUGAAAGUGGAGUUGUUAGAGCUUGUAAAAUUAAAUGCUCCUAAGCAUAAAACAUAUAAGUUUGAUAAAUUGCUUCAAGAACAUGGCUUUCAAGUGCUUCGCCUCCCACCCUACCACUGUGAAUUUAAUGCAAUUGAAUACGUUUGGGCCGACAUGAAAAGAGAAAUAAGAAAUAUAAAUCCCACAAGUGACUUGAACAUGGAUAAAUUGCUAAAAGAAACAGAAAAUGCCAUAAGUAAAAUAUCUAGCUCUAGUUGGCAAUCUCACUGCAAUCAUAUUGAAAAACUAGAACUUAAAUCUUGGGAAAAAGACGCUAUAAUUGAAGAAAUGUGUGAACCCCUGCAAAUUGUAUUAACUGAUACAGAAGAAAGCGACAAUGAAUGGGAUAGUGAAGCUACAGUUUCGGCAGAGGAGGAUGAAUAUGAUGAGUAA